AUGAAGCUAGACGCCCUGCAGGACAUCAUAAUCUCCACGGCCUGCUUUCUUCUGAGCUCCGUCCUCUACCUCCUCACAUUCAUCCAUCUGAUCAAACAGCUACCCAAAGAUAUUUCGGUUCCUUAUUUCACGUUUCGGAAGACUCGGAACUCAAAACUGAAUACUCCCACGGAUUUGAUAAUUUUCAAGUGCGCGUUCUUCUCGUUUGUUCUAUUCACACCGAAUUUCGCGAAGACUAUCGUUUUGUAUUUUGCGACGAGUCCGCAGAUUAUUGAUAUUGGGACAGAGUUGUGGUUCUUCACCACAGAGCUCAUGUGCAUCAGUUCCGGAUGGAGUUUAUUGAUUAGUAGCUCCCGUCUUCGAGAAGAGUUUAUUCCCGAUAAGUGCAGAAAGAAACGAGACAAUGUUUCAACAAUGAUGUCAACUAUGUUUUGA